CUUCUGAUUACCUUCAAUGGUGUCUGUUUGUUGCAACCACCAGGUACAAAAACUAACUUGUUUUUAUUUGACUAUUUUUCUGUCCUGCCUGUUUAUUAUCUUCCUGCAUCUCCUCUCAAUCCUAAAGAAAAGCUGCUACCUGGGUUCAUAUAUAUUCACCUUAUGAGUUACCUUUGAACUGCAGUUCUAAAAGAUCUACCGACCGCAAAAACAGCAGAGCGCUUGCAGUUUGGCGGCCGUAUCAGUGAUCAGUGCGUCGGAGGACAAGGUGAUGCCCGCAGCGCCCCGCUCCACAGCAGCGAAACGCAUCAGGCGCAAAUAAAAGACAGAAAACAUUAAAGGAAAUGAACUGACAUGAACGAUCGCGUGUUAAAUUAGUUUUUGAGGUGGCGACACCUGAUUGUUACUGUGACCGUGCUCAGGACGCAGAUCUACCGACCGCGAAAACAGCGGAGCGCUCCCUGCUUGCCGGCCGCAUCAGUGAUCUGUGCGUCGGAGGACAAGUUGAUGCGCCCCGCUCCACAGCAGCGAUACACAUCAGGCGCAAAUAAAAGACAGAAAACAUUAAAGGAAAUGAACCGACAUGAACGAUCGCGUGUCAGUACCUACGGUCUGGCACAGCGCAUUGCUGAUCACAGAGAAUGUGAUCAUACGAUAAUUCAAUAGGGAGCGUGGUUUCACAGACGCGGAAGUGAUAGCGUCGGUGAAACGCCGGCUGCUCUAGGAAACCCCCGAGCGUUCGAGCAUCAACGAAGUGACACGGAAAUGCCGGGCUUUCCAGAAGUAAGUAAGAUAACUUACUAUGAGCUGAUAGUUCGUUGGAUUGAUUGGUAGGUUGGAAACUCUGAUCGUGAAUCUGAAGAAACGAUGACUGAGCUGGAAAGGCGACUUCCGUUUAUAGCCGCGGUUUGUGACGUAGGUGCGACGUGGAGGGAAUCCCCGCGAGGGGCAUGCUGGGAGUCCCUACUUCGCAGAUUUUCACCUAAUGCGGCCAGGUCUGGAACGCAUCUACCGCGAUAAACGAGGGAUUACUGUAGUUCAUACACCCCCUACUGCUGCUCUCCAGAGUGUUCUGCAGCAUAAUCAGCACGUUCUCUUUGAACUUGAUAGUGUAAUGACCUGGCUGGGGUUGUAAGCCAGGUGCAUUCUGGGUAUUGUGUUAUAUGUGUUUCCUAUCGUUCUGCUAGUUCCUAUGUGCUGAUUUGCGUGUUGUGUGAGUGUUAUGUAAGCCACAGGGAAGGUGAUGUGUGUUCUGUGGAGCGGGUUGAAUUAGCAUGGUUAACUGACACCGUGACUCUGUGUGGUAGGAGCGUGAUAGAGGAUCAUGUCUGAAGUGUUACAAAGCUUGAAGAAAAAGCCUAAUAAAGGUCUGUUUCGAACCCUUACUGCCUCCUGCUGGUUGAUUUGGGGACUAUAACCCUGCCGCUGGGACGCUCGUACUUGCUUGAUACCACAUUCCAUCCGGCCACAAUAAGAGACCGGCCAUUAUUUACCUCCGCUGACUCCGACACCGGCCAAAAUUGGAGACCCGGCCUUUAAUUGAAUACCGGCCUGUAUUAGAGGAUUUACGGUAUUCAUUUUACAUUAAUUGAUUUAAGCACAGGUUAUUCAAACAUUUCAUUUAAAUAUCUUGUUCAUUCAUCACAUAUGAUUAUUGUAAGCUUAUGAGUUGUACAAGUCAUGGAGUCUUCACUUGUUCAGAGUGAAGAAUGUUGACAUCUGGCUUUCAUGCAGAGAGCGUAGGAUCUAGGGAGAGAAUGUUUGAAUGUUCUGUCUUCAUGGAAUGUCAGCUCGCGCUGAACAGAACCUUCUGGUUCUGGAAGGCCAAACAGAAAGUGGAUUUAUGCUGUAGAUGAAAGGUUGUUAUGUUGGUCAAUAUAUAGGUGAAAAUUGGCUCUUUUGGAGGUUGCACUAGCGCUAACAACAAGCUAAUAAUAACAUGAGCCAUGUGAUACUUAAUAAGCCACAAUGUUAUUACUUACAAGUCCAGUAGCAACAAAGCCAGGUCACCAUCAGUCUGUGAUUUUGAAGCCUGAUUUAGCUCUUUGCUUCUCCUCCAAAGACAUUACUCUUACUUUUACUUUCAGACUCCACCAUGAUGCCAAAAAAAAGCAAAAUUCUUCUUGUGCUUUUUUAUUGAUGAUUUGCAAACUGAAAAAGCUAGCUGCUAGCGUUCAUAUUAGCUACCAGCACAGCUAUUGCUCUAAAGCCUGAUUUACACUUCUGCAUCGGUACGGAGACAGGCAACACCAUUGUGCAUCUGCACAGUGGCUCUCCGACAGGCUCACAGAGGGUGACGGAGACACGCCCACAUUUUUAAACAUCCGUCGAAAGUGACAGAGACUGUAAGCUUGUAAUUGGUCAUGACGCCACUUCCUAUAAAUCUGUCAACAGCGCUGCUAUUGCCCCAUCAAAAAGUUAAAAGAUAUUUAGCGUCAGACACGGAGCAGAUUGAAGAAUGCCUUGCAGAAAAAGUCUGAAAAUAUUGACAUUUAUUCACCCGUGAAUGAAGGAGAACAAAGAUAUGGAGCAAACGUUGUAUUUGUGGAGGAAAACACCAGGACACGGAUUAGAGGUGGAGGAGAGUGAAGGACAAUUUUGUCAGUGUUAUAAAGUAUUUGAAAUACACAAACUCAAUAGUGAAUACACUAUUGUGUACUGGAUACAUGAGUGUAAUGGAGGCAGGAUACCACAGACCAGCGCCACGCCCUCUGUUGUCCUGGCGGGGAAUUGCUUUGCAACACUCCCCCGGUGACGGACAAGUGUGAGAGCAAAGCGUCUUUGUCCAUGCGUGUGCAUCUCCCCCGUGUGGAGCCGACGGAGGAGGACACGUCAGGCCUAAGGCAGGUAGCAACCUCCCACUAGUGUUCCUACCUGAACCACAAAACUGUUAAAGGCUAUUGACCAGCUGACCAGCUAGCUGAUGGCUACAGAUUUAUGUCCAACAUGAAGUCGCUCAAGACACAGAAACCAGUUUGAAAGCAAAAGCUUUGCUUUAAUUAAGAAUCAACCUCCUGUAUUAAUUAUUUUCUUUACUUAGACAUAGUUGUGGUGAUGUACAUCAUUUUUCUCCAGCAUAAGUCACACAGGCAUGUUUGUUUUUAAAUGUCUAAACAAACGCUGGCUCUGCUGCUUUUGAGAGUGGAGCUUUACCAGAUAGCUGCACAGCGUCUGAGUCUGCAGAGGCCUGGCUGUGUGGGAGCAGAGAAAUCACUGGGCCACAUGCUAAUCUCAGUUGAUGGUUUAUGUAACUCCCAGCAUCACAUGAUCACACGUCACUACCCGCGCAGCGACUGUGUUCAGCGAUGCGCUCGCUCAGCUCUACAUGCAAACACAAACUGUUGACACGGAGAAAGGAUGAGGGACACAUGCAUCUGAGGACUUGGUUAGUUCAACAUGCAGCUUAAUUCGCUGGUGCAUACAUCACCGUGGCCCAGAUCAGUUCUCUAAAGAAUGACCGGGAGCUUUAACUGACACCAAACAAAGACUUUCACAGAGCGCUGCAUUACGCUGAAGUCCGUAUGUUCCAGCUGAGAGGAGCAUCAAUGAAAGUGCAGGGAAUGCAGCUGCGAGGCCUGGACGAGAUGGCCAUGAAGCUUUUGUUCUGGGAGCUGGAGCAGCAUCUCAAAAGCUCGUCGGGAGCCAGCGUGGUGGCCAUAGACAACAAGAUCGAACAGGCGAUGGACUUGGUGAAGAGCCACCUGAUGUACGCCGUUCGAGAGGAGGUGGAGGUCCUAAAGGAGCAGAUCAAGGAGCUGAUAGAGCGAAACUCCCAGCUGGAGCAGGAGAACACGCUGCUGAAGACACUGGCCAGCCCGGAGCAGAUGGCCCAGUUCCAGGCCCAGGUUCAGACUGGCUCUCCACCUGCCCAACAGACAGCCGCCCCGACAGGACCCCCGAGCGCCGCCACCCUCAGCCAGCCCUCCUCGCACAGCUCCGGCCCCUCAGCGUAGCCUGGUCUGCUCAGACUGACUUGACUUAGAUUCUGAGCUCUGCUCCAGCUGCAGAGCCCAACCUGGCCUUCUACAGCAGAAGGUUACGCUGUCAAGAGAAGAUUUUGCACAUAUUUAUCUCUGAAGGAUGCAGCCAGCAGGACAAGCGGUGCCGUGCUCCUCGGCACGGUGAUGAGUGACAAUCUUAAGAUGCUGUAAGGGAGGUGGGGGUUGUUUUCAGAAGAUAAAUCAUUACACAUUUGCCAAAUAACCCUCAGUCAUCAACAAGAAUGUCUUACCAAGAAAACACAAACCGCUUGUCAGUGGCAUCAACAUACCUAGCUAUAGAAUAAGAAUAAAAUCUCUGUGCCUGGAUUUAGGUGACAUACUGACGAUGAAGCAGUAGGAGGAGGACGAUGGUCUUGGCUGUUACUUGUUUUGCUGAAUAUUGUAAAUAAAAGCGGUUCUGUACCGAGGCUAGAUCCGAAACGUUACCAGAGGAAAGUCUUCUUGAAGUGACCGAUGAAGAAUGUGAGCAGUUAUCAUGUCAGAGUCCCCAUCUGGAAUGGGGGGGUGGGGGUUUAGUUAAACUUGUCAACACUGAUGUUGGUUGGUGGGAUGAACUAAACAAGGUUUCUUAUGGAGAUGAUCUAUUUUCAGUAUUUCACUUUCAAGCUCAUCAUUUUGCCCUCGUAGCCGACUCAACCCUGCAGUGGGAUGUCGGCUUAAGCUCGUCUGGUGGGGUUGAGACGCAGAGCUACGCUGCAUUUUUGUCCUCCAGGGGCAAAAGAGGAUGUACAUGUAUGUAUAGUGUAACUAUGAUGUAAAAUAGGAGGACAGAAGGAAAAACGGAUGCUAUCUAGGUCACACAGAUUGAUUCAGAUGAGCAACACUGGUCUUGCUCGCUCUGUGUCAUCUAUCUUUAAUGCUGUAUUUCCAGGACUGGGUGGAAAAGAGGCUCGGUUAUUUAACUGACAACACACAACCAACAACGUUGUCCUGCUACGUUACUGCUACUUUAACUCUGGCUGUAAACACGUCACAUUGCUUUGUUUUUUCCCUUUCUUUCUGAAGCAAUGCACCUUUCUUAUUUUUGACAGUAAAUACCUUUUAGAUCUGAAAAUGCUAUGAACAAAAAAAAACUGAAGAGGUUUUCUUUUCAAUUCAGUGUAUUAGUUGUAUGCUCAUGUUUGUGCAUGUUUCCUUAAAGACGGACGAGAUAAAUACCUACAAUUGCACUUGACAGCUGCACUUCACAACUUUCAAUAAACACGCUUAACAAUAAAAUAAAA